AUGCAUCUGCCCACGGCGCUUGCUGGGCUGGUCGGGCUGGCCCUGCUCGUGCGGGGCGUGCCGGCUGCGCAGGAGGCCGAGUCCUGCGAGGCCGCGGGCGGGUGCGAAGAGGCAGGGCUCGCGCAGCUCAGGACCUUCUUCGCGACGAAGGGCGGCGACUCUGUCCAGGAGGAGGGCGGCUGCAAGUCCAACGGCGAUAUGUGCAUGUCGGACGACAAGUGCUGCUCGGGGAGUUGCGUCGGCGGCGGUUCUAUGAUCCCUGGACAGGUUCUGGGUCGCUGCGCCGAUGGGGCCAGCCUCGCGCAGACGGAUCAGUCGCAGGGUGACACGACGCAGGGCGGCGACUCUGACCAGGAGGAGGGCGGCUGCAAGUCCAACGGCGAUAUGUGCAUGUCGGACGACAAGUGCUGCUCGGGGAGUUGCGUCGGCGGCGGCUCUAUGAUCCCUGGGCAGGUUCUGGGUCGCUGCGCCGAUGGGGCCAGCCUCGCGCAGACGGAUCAGUCGCAGGGUGACACGACGCAGGGCGGCGACUCUGACCAGUAG